GGGACAACUGCAUGGAAUACGUGUCUGUUUCUCGUAGUCACAGUUUAGUUUCAAAAUGGCUGAGUUUGGUCGUUCCUGUUUCCUUAUGUCAAUUCACGAGUGAGAAAUUCAAUUAAAAGGAAACGUAUUUGUAAACAUAUUCGCGAUAGGAUGAAGUUAAGGACAGAGGUUUUCGUACUCUCCGUCAUUCUUUGUCUGGUUCUGUUUCAAGGCGCAACCGGACUUCUGCGAAGAUGUGUGAAUUGUAGAUCAAGAGGAGAUCUAGGAUCCUGUAAGGAUCCUUUCACUAUGAACUCGACGGCAAUUGAAAUGGAAAAAGGUGUCGACACUGUUCCUUGCGCAUCUGGUUGGUGCGGCAAAAUAAUUGAACGACACGGUUUAAAUAACGAGUAUGGUACCGCCACGCAAAGGCUUUGUUUCCAACGUGGACCUGACGAUGGUGAGGAACGAUGCGCGUUUACCGUGUGGAAUUACAAAAAGGUGUAUAUGUGCCUUUGUUUCGGGGAUCUAUGCAAUGGAACAACGAAAUCAAGCAUCUCCAAUGGUUUGAUUCUGAUAACGCUUUCCGUUUUACUACGAUGGUUCAUUUGAAUUUGAAUCGAAUGUAUAUUAUUGUAUAAAAUGUUCCUUGUAUUUGUACAUGUCGUGAUAUCGUCAAUUUGCAAGUAUAGCCAGUAUAGAUUUGUUAUUAAGCUUAAAUGAGCGAGAAAUAUGUAAAAAUAUACUCUAAUUUUAUUUAUA